AAAGUUGUAUUCGCCUGGCAUCCCAGCUGAUGAGUCAAACAUCGAGCAAAAAUUUUCGUACAGUGGUGAAUUGUUUUUAUUAAAACUUCUUUUGCGUUCAAAAUGCCGAAUUUUAUAAGCGUUCCGCUUAAAAAGCCUUAUGACGUGGAAAUUGUGAGGCCACUGAAGAAUUUAAUCAAAAGUUUGAACAAUAAUCUAGGCCCAGAAAAAUUGGCUCAUUUUGAAAAUGCAGUGGAAAAGUUGAAUGUACUUCGAAAAACUGCAGUAUGGAAAUCGUACGAAAAGCAGGAAAGCUCACUGGAAUCGAUUUAUGGAUAUUAUGACCAGUUGAGCGCAUUGGAAACAAAAAUUGUAGUUCAGGAUCUUCAAAUACCAUUCAAGUGGAAAGAUGCUUUCGAUAAAGGAUCAAUUUUCGGCGGUCGUACCAGUAUGACAAUCUCUUCGAUGGCGUACGAAAAAGUAUGCGUGAUGUUUAACAUCGCAGCACUGCAAAGCGCUAUUGCUUCAACACAAAACUUUCAGAGCGAUGAAGGCUUAAAACUUGCAGCUAAGCUUUUUCAACAAAGCGCUGGGGCUUUCGAGUUCCUGAAAAAUAUGGUACCAGCAGCUAUCGCUCAAACUCCGACGAGCGAUAUGAAUCCUGAUACUCUAGCAGCCCUCGGAAGCAUCAUGUUGGCGCAAUCCCAGGAAGUAUUUGUACUAAAGGCUAUCAAAGAUAAUAUGAAAGAUUUGGUGAUUGCUAAGCUAUGCUGUCAAUGCGAAAGUUUGUACGCAGACGUUUUGAGAUUAAUUCAAAAGGAAUCAGUACGCAACCUUUGGGAUAAAGAUUGGAUUCCAAUCAUUGCAGCCAAACAAGCCGGUCUAAACGGACUUACUAUGUAUUACCAUAGCUUAGUAUCAAAGUCUAACAAAGCUAUCGGCGAGGAAAUCGCUAAGCUGCAAAAGGCCGUUGAAUUGUUUAAAGUGUCAGGAUCGAAAACAGAAAAAGUCUUGUAUUUAGAGGAGUAUUUAGCGAAAGCUGAAAAAAAUUUGACUGAAGCUAAAAAGGAUAAUGAUUUCAUUUAUAAUGAAAUUAUACCAGAUAUAAAUACGCUGCCAGCACCACCGAAGGCUUUGGUUGUCAAAGUUUUGGCGCCGACCGACCCAUUGAGUGCUAGUUUUGAGGAUAUAUUCGAUGAGCUGGUUCCGGUUUUGGUCAAUCAAGCCCUUUCUACUAGCGAAAACAUCAAAAAUGAAUUCGUCUCUAAUGAAAUCAUCAAAAUUCGAGAAGCAACGCAAAUGUUGAAUAGCAUACUUUUGAGUUUGAACCUGCCAGCAGCAAUAGAAACUUCAGACAACACUUCUAAUUUGCCCCCAUCUCUGUUGGAAAAAUCUAAAAUUGUUCGUGCUAACGGGGGAAUUGCUACAUUGAAAAAUAUGAUAAAUGAGCUUCCGGAGCUUCUCAAAAGAAACCGUGACAUAUUGAACGAGACAGCCUCCAUGUUAUUGAGUGAAAGCGAAUCUGAUGAACAGCUCAAGGCAAAGUUUGGAGAUAAGUGGACCAGAAUUCCUUCAGCUAAACUCACACAAACUUUCAAAGAAAACCUUGAAGCUUACAAGAAAAUUAUUGAUAAUGCUAUUACAGCCGAUAAAACUGUUCAAUCAAAAUUCGAAAGCAAUCUGAAUGGCUUGGAAAUGCUUUCAUUAACGGAAGAGGAGCUUGCUAAAAAGCUACCAAGUUGUGAAACCAGCAAAGAUCUAACAAAUCUCAACUCUGCUAAUGAACUUCGGAAAUUGAUGGAUGAUGUCAAAACACUGCGCGAGGAAAGAGAUGCUUUAGAAUCGGAACUUAAAUCAGUUUCAAUAGAUAUGAAAAAACAAUUUUUGUCCGCAUUUUCUACGACUGGAACAAUUGAUUCGGCUUCAAUGACUGUAGCUGAAAUUGAGAAGCUCUUGGCGCCUCUUAAAGAGCGAGUGAAAAAAAACGUUGCAUUACAAGAGUCGAUUAUCAGUAACAUUCAACAAACACAUAGUCAGUUUGUUUCUGAUGUCGGGCUAACCAGUCAAUCUGUGGAAAGCAUGCAAACACAGCUUGCAGCUGCUUUUGAUCUUUUCUCGGAGCUUCAAUCCAAUCUCAGAGACGGAAUCAAAUUCUACAAUGACUUGACUCAUCUCUUGGUGACUUUCCAAAGCAAAGUAUCCGAUUUUUGCUAUGCCCGUAAAACAGAAAAAGAGGAGUUACUAAGAGAUUUGACUCAGCACGCUAGCAAAGAGGUGCCAUUGGUUACCGCACAAAUGCCUAGGGAACAAUCCACAGCACCUGCCCUUGAUCAAACCACCUCUGCAUCUACGACAGUACCAUAUCCAAUGCAACCUCAAGGAAUGCCUUUGCCAUACGGAUAUGGUACACAGUAUACUAAUAGUAUGCCUCCUCCAAUGCCCCAAGGAUUCAAUCCAUAUGCUACAUUACCUUAUCCAGGUGUUUAUCAAAAUAUUGCUCAGCCUUUUGGUUUUCCCAACUAUGGAACAUACCCCGGAGCAUAUAAUAAUCAAAACAACAUACAGCGCCCAUAGGGUCAACGAAUCCAAUAUCAUAAAUGAGAAUCCUAAACUUCAUUUAUGGCAGUUUAAAUAACCAAGUUUUCGAUGUUAUAUGAUGAAUAUAUUAUAGGUACUUUGCUUCGAAAUAA